GACACAAAGGGGCCGAGCCGGGCUGUAGACCCGGGGCGGGCGGGUGUGUGUGUGUGGGUUUUGUUUAGUCACAUGCAGCGGAGCAGCCAGUGAGCGGUAGCGGGAAAAAGGAGGAGGAGGGGUGGGCGCCGAGACCCGGAGGCCCCGGGCGAGCCUGGCGGUCGCCAUUGUAACGCCCCGAGUUAACGGGGGCGGCCCGAGGGCGAGCGGAGUGCUGGAUGCGGGGCUCCCGGAGCUCCGGCGUUGAAAGUGUCCACACCCCUGCCCGCCCCUGACUUUGGGACGAGAUCACGCAGCCCUCACCCCCACACACCCCGCCCCAACCCUUCUCCCCACUGGCCUGCAACGUCUCGUGCCGCUCAGUGCCUGGGAAGUAACUCCAAGAGGUCUUGAUCCCUUGGCCUUUGUGUCCCUGGGAGCUUAACCUCUCUGCCCGCGGAAAAAAAAGCAGGUGUUGCUCCGUCCACCUCUCCCGUGAAGGAGAAGAUGAGUUGCCCCGGGCCCUCCCUUCCCCGAGGUCGGAAACUUAGGUGCUGUCUCUGGUCCCGAGACUUCCACAGACGACUCUCUCGUGUCGGGAUCCGUCGUCCGCGGUUUAGCGACCUUAGUGGAAGAGUUCCCUUCGACCGCCUUUAAUCCUGUCAGGAGCAAGACUGGAGACUCCAUCCCUUUACAGAAAACUGGUGUGAGAGAGGAAAAGCAACGCCUCAGCUGAUAACAGAAGACGACCCAGGCUUGAUUUAAUUUUGGAUGAGAUUAUUCUUGCAUCGAGAUGUUAAUAAGCCAAAAUUUAGACUCUGGAAUGUGUUAGAUGAUCUUGCCAACAACAUGGGUGAUUUGAAGACAGACACCGAUGCCUCUGGUGCUACAGAAGAGAUCCAAGAUGACAGAAGUUUUAUCUUGGAAAAAGACGAUGGAGUUCAUGAACCAAAAGACUGUCAGACACCAUUUCAGAAAAACAGUUCAUUGACUCUGUCUGAAGAAUUGUCAGAGGGUAAAUCAGAAAAAGCCUUAAGUGGAGGCCAGUCUGCUUUGUUUGUACCUGCCGGCACGCCUGCUGUUCCUAGUGAAAACUUUACGUUGCCUGCAGGAGCUGUUGUUAAUGGGCCAGUUUCACGCGCCUUAACAAAGACUUCGAAUAUGAAUGAAGGUAGUGUUUCAUUAACCACUGGACAGCCUGUGGCUCAGCCAGCAACAGAAUCGUGUUCAACUUUGAAGGCAGCAGCUGAUGUUCAGCUGUCUGCACCACAAAAAGCAAGCCAACACCAAGUUCUGUUUUUGUUAUCAGAUGUAGCACAUACUAAGAAUACAGCCCAUUCCAUUAAAAAACUACCUACCUCUGCUUUAGUUGGUUGUGAUGUUCCGAAUUCAGUAGGGAGUAGUGUGAAGUCAGAGAGCACUUUACUAAACCAAGUAGAGGUGGGCGAGGGUAGUGAGGGUGUAUUGGCGAAAGAUAACUGUGCCGCCAGUACGUUAGCAGGCGUCUCCUCAGGUACCGAUGAAUUUAGGUCAGAAAAUGAUACAAACUGGGAUCCUCAAAAAGAGUUCAUUCAGUUUCUUAUGACUAACGAAGAAACAGUGGAUAAACCUGUUCAUUCUAAAGUAGUGGGUCUAGAAAAAAAGAGAAAGCGAAAAAUGGAUGUAAGCAAAAUAACGCGUUACACAGAGGAUUGUUUUAGUGAUUCUAAUCGUGUACCCAAUAAAUCAAAAGUGCUAGAAGUUGACUUUCUAGGGCAGAACGAGGAGGUGCAGACAGUAGACACACAGAAGUACACAUUAUCAGAGCUGAAACCCGAGUCUACUGAUGGAGACGUGGGGUCUGUGGACACUUCUCAGCAUCUAGUGUGUAACGCAGAUAAAUGUGGAGACGACAAUUCACCUGUUCAUACGCGCACUUUUAUUUCAAAUACCUUAAAAAAGAAAUGUGAAGAGAGUGAUUCUGAGUCACCCGCUACUUUCAGUACUGAAGAGCCAUCCUUCUACCCCUGUACGAAGUGCAAUGUGAAUUUUAGGGAGAAAAAACACCUCCACAGACACAUGAUGUAUCAUUUAGAUGGGAACAGUCACUUUCGUCACCUUAACGUCCCAAGACCGUAUGCUUGCAGAGAGUGUGGACGGACGUUUCGAGAUCGCAACUCACUGCUGAAACACAUGAUCAUCCACCAGGAAAGAAGGCAGAAACUGAUGGAAGAGAUCCGCGAGUUGAAAGAGCUCCAGGAUGAAGGAAGGAGUGCGCGGUUGCAGUGCCCUCAGUGUGUUUUUGGUACCAACUGCCCUAAGACAUUUGUCCAACACGCUAAAACCCAUGAGAAAGACAAAAGGUACUAUUGCUGUGAAGAGUGUAACUUCAUGGCAGUGACAGAAAAUGAGUUGGAAUGCCACCGAGGCAUUGCCCAUGGAGCAGCCGUGAAAUGUCCUGUCGUCAGUUCAGAUGCAGCUCAGAGGAAAACACAAAAAAAGACUUUGACGAAAGACUCUGUUACAGGGUCAUCCAAAAAAUCAGCUACGUACUUAUGUAAAAUGUGUCCCUUUACUACUUCAGCCAGAAGUGUUUUGAAAAAGCACAUGGAGUAUUUACAUUCCCCAUCAUGUGUUGAUUCGUUUGGUAACCCUCUUGGACUUGACAAAAGAAAAGGUGACAUCCUGGAGGAAUCUGUAGAUACAGUUAAACAACAGUCAGCCACAUUUCCAAAGAACUCUGCUUUAAAACAGGAUGUUAAACGAACAUUUGUACCAAGCUCACAAUCAAGUCAUUUUUCAAAGUUUCAUAAGAGGCCACAUAGAAUACAAAAAGCCCGGAAAAGUAUUGCCCAGUCUGGUGUAAAUGCGUGCAAUCAAAACAGCUCUCCUCAAAAAAACAUUACGGUUAAAAGCAGCACUGACCAAAAGCCAAAGUAUUUCCAUCAAGCAGCAAAAGAAAAAUCUAAUGCCAAGGCAAAUAGCAGUUAUUUAUAUAGACACAAGUAUGAAAACUACAGGAUGAUCAAAAAAUCAGGUGAAUCACACCCACUUCCUUUCAAAAAAGAAGUUAAUUCAUUAAACUCUUUACAUCUGUUUUCAUCAUCAAAUAAUUCUCAUAAUAAUCUUAUUUCAGACCUUCAUAAUCCAGACACCAAAAGGCCAGAUCACAAGCGUGUAGCUGUAAAAAGAGUAGUUAAGGCUUCCAAGAAGGAAAGUUCUGGUGGAGAAGACUUGGAUGGCUAUCCUGAUUUUCUGCAUAAAAUGACUGUUGUUGUUUUGCAGAAGCUUAACUCUUCUGAAAAGAAAGAUAGUUAUGAGACAGAAGAUGACAACUCCUGGGAUAACGAUGAGUUAGGUGACUACACUACACAGACCAUGGACGAAGAAGCCUACAGUGGCCUUAGUCAAGACCAUGUAAACUUACUGCCCCUAUUUAAAAGCAAGAUGGAAAGCCAGGGUCCUGGAGACAGUGCUGCCCUUAGUUACAAUCAGAAUGAUGGCUUCUACUUUGAGUAUUACGAAGAUGGUGGCACUAACAGUUUUUUACAGGAGAUACAUGAUCCUCAGAAUUUGGAAAAUGCAGAAACGCCUCUGUCAAAGCACAGCUCUGUUUUUCACUGGACUGACCUGUCCCUUGAGAAGAAGUCAUGUCCUUACUGCCCAGCAACGUUUGAAACAGGUGUUGGGCUGUCAAAUCACGUCCGAGGACAUCUUCAUAGAGCAGGAUUAAGCUAUGAAGCCCGUCACGUUGUGUCACCAGAACAAAUAGCCACAAGCGACAAAAUGCAGCAUUUCAAAAGAGCUGGCACAGGGACGCCUGUGAAACGAGUUAGAAAAGCUGUGGAGAAGGCCGAGACUACUUCUGAGCAUGCUUGUCAGCUCUGUGGUGGUUGGUUUGACACAAAGAUUGGGUUAUCAAAUCAUGUCAGAGGCCAUCUGAAAAGACUUGGGAAAACCAAGUGGGAUGCUCACAAGUCUCCGAUCUGUGUUCUCAAUGAGAUGAUGCAGAACGAAGAGAAGUAUGAAAAGAUUUUAAAGGCACUCAACAGUCGUCGCAUUAUUCCCAGACCAUUUGUAGCUCAGAAACUCGCACCAGGUGAUGACUUCCUGUCUCAGAAUGUUUUACCUCUUGAUGAAUACCAUAAUGGUCUAAAGACAGAGGCCCUGUCAGUGUCUGCAUCAGAGGAAGAAGGCCUGAGUUUCCUGAAUGAAUGUGACGAAACAAAACCUGAACUGCCCAGUGGAAAAAAGAGCCAGUCUCUUACACUGAUAGAACUUCUUAAAAACAAAAGGAUGGGGGAAGAAAGGAAUUCUGCUCUUUCUCCUCAGAAGAUCCAUAACCAGACAGCAAGAAAGAGAUUUGUUCAGAAAUGUGUUCUUCCAUUAAACGAAGACAGUCCGUUGAUUUAUCAACCACAAAAAAUGGACUUGACUAUGCACUCAGCCUUAGAUUGUAAGCAAAAGAAAUCAAGGUCAAGAUCUGGAAGCAAGAAGAAAAUGCUAACAUUACCUCAUGGUGCUGACGAGGUUUACAUUCUCCGAUGCAGGUUUUGUGGCCUAGUCUUUCGGGGACCAUUGUCUGUUCAGGAAGACUGGAUUAAGCACUUGCAGCGACACAUUGUAAACGCUAAUCUUCCACGGACUGGAGCUGGCAUGGUGGAAGUCACAUCACUACUUAAAAAGCCUGCCUCUAUUACAGAAACUUCAUUUUCUUUACUAAUGGCAGAAGCAGCUUCAUAGAACCAGGAACCCUUUUAAAUAGCAAAUUUAAUUGGAUGUAAAUUUAAAAUUCUCGUCUUUUUUUUUUUUUGUAAGCCACAUCCAUUUAUAAAUACUAAAGUAGGAAAAUGGGGGAGCGUGAAUUAAGUGGCAUCAGAGCAAGCUGUACACUUAGGACAGUAAGUGGUCUAUAUAUUUUAUAUAGGGUGGAGACGUGUUUUCAAGGUUUGCUGAAUUUGGUUGACUGAGUUUACUCAAAGGUCUUAUAUCUGACAGAGCCAUCUGUAAGUGUUGCACACAGGUUUACAGACAGACUCGAUGAAAAUCAGAUUGUGUUCUCUGCAGUGUUACCAGAAUCAAGGCUCUGUUUCUUCCCCACACUUACAUAGAAAACUAAGACGUUAUAUUUUGUUGGUAUGUAUUUAGUGUUUUGUAUAAUUCCAGGAACUGCUAACUAAAUUUACUCAACUUUAGGGCAUUAAAUAUCAUGUACUUCAUAGUUUGAGACUGUUCACCCAAAUAGGGCAGAGUACUAUCUAUGUAGAUGUGUUAAGUGUUUUUUUUAAUCACAUGAUGGUUUUUUUUUAAUACUAAAAAGUUGGAGGGAGAUUUGUUUAAACAAGUAUUUCUAAAAGAAAUGUGUCCAUAGUCCUGGAAGCUAUUUGUGGUAAGGAGUAUUCUUUACUGCAGUUGCAUUUCUCAGACAAUGAAGUGGUGCACCAUGCUACCUCCUACUUUGUCCACAAAGAUGCUAUUUACCCUUUCCAGUUUUGUACCAUAAUAGAUUUUAAAAAUCUAAUGUUCUGUACUGCAAGACAUACUUUUGUUAACAGAUUUGUUUCUUUGUAAUGUUUUACGUACAGUUUGACAUGCUUACAGGACAGGGUUGUCUCUUUAUUUAACAUUGUAGAAAUGUAAUUAAUAAACAAGGCUCACUACACAAUUUAGAAUAGGCUUUCUCAUUUAUAUUAUCUUCCAAAUUUGAUCAGUUAGCAAGACUAUUAAUACACAAACUAUUUCUACAUAUGAUGAGAAUGUUUACAAUUUCAAUGCUAGACCUUGUUUUGGAUGUGAUUAAAUGUAUGAAAACUGUGUAACACUAUGCUCAUGCUAAGAACCCACAUAAUGGAAUUACCGAAAUAAAUGUGCUGUGAGGAAUGGAAAGUAAUGGUGCAGGCGUCUUGAUCAUGAUCAGUUGUGAUGACUCCCUUCAACUCUUCCCAAAAGCAACUUAGUUCCUUUAACCCCAGACCAGUCUCCUUUACAAACAACAGUUUGUGUGCAAGCACUCAUUCCACGCCAUUUCAUGUAGUUGCUAAUAGAGGUGAACCAAGGACAUGUGCAUUGAUCCUUUUCUUCAUCUGUAAAUAAAGUUAAAAAUCAGUUAAAGCGAAGGAGUAUUUUGGUAGCGUAUAUACAUACCUCACUGCCAGUGAAAUUACUUUUCCUAUGGUAUAUCUCCUUACCAGAAAUUACUAAAUAAAAAGAUUUCAAGAAUUAA